CACUCAUCAAAUCCGUUUUACUCCAAGUGAAACUCAACAUAUGGUCCGUAUAGUUUUAAUAACCGCACUUUCUGUUUACAUGUUCUCACACAUAAAAGAGAAAUGGAUUUAAACUUUACGCUCUCGAAACGCGACUUUGGCGCGCUGGCGGUGAGACUCUUUGGGAAUAACUCCCUGUUACCGUUUGAGAACAGCACCGCCGCUUCCAAAACGGAGGAGGAAGACUUGGAAGUGAACACGGACAUUUACUCUAAAGUGAUAGUCACUGUCAUCUACGUGGCUCUGUUCGCUGUGGGCUCUCUGGGAAACUCCAUCACCCUGUACACCCUGCUGACCAAAAAGACCCUGCAGAACCUCCAGAGCACCGUGCACUACCACCUGGCCAGCCUCGCAGUGUCGGACCUGCUCAUCCUCGUCCUCUCUAUGCCCAUUGAGCUCUACAACUUCAUCUGGUUCCACCACCCGUGGGUGUUCGGAGAUGCUGUGUGCAAGGGUUACUACUUCCUCCGGGACAGCUGCUCUUACGCUACUGCUCUCAACAUCGCCAGUCUGAGCGUGGAGCGCUACAUGGCCAUCUGCCACCCGUUCAAGGCUAAGAGCAUCAUGUCCCGCAGCCGCACCAAAAAGCUCAUCAGCGCCAUGUGGAUCACAUCCUUCGCGCUCGCUACGCCGAUGCUCUUCAUCAUGGGCCAAGUGAUGCGUAACGACGAGAAGAUUUGCACCGCUAUCGUCUCUCCUGUCACCAUGAAAACUGUGCUUCAGGUAAAUGCAUUCCUGUCCUUUGUGGUGCCCAUGGUGGCCAUAUCUGUGCUCAACGGGGUCAUAGCCAAUCAGCUACUGAGGAUGUUCCGUGAGGCGGAGCAAGACAACCCUAUCUGCAUCAUCGGGGGAAAUCUCACCAUGCUGAAUGUCACCGUUGAGUCCAACCGUGCACAGUCUCUUCGCCAUGGAGUCCUUGUUCUCCGCGCCGUGGUGAUAGCCUUUGUGGUCUGCUGGCUGCCCUAUCAUGCUCGCCGCCUCAUGUUCUGCUACAUCUCGGAGUGGUCCGAUGACUUGUAUGACUUCUACCACUAUUUCUACAUGCUCACCAACGUCCUGUUCUACGUCAGCUCCGCCAUCAAUCCCGUCCUCUACAACCUGGUGUCUGCAACCUACCGCCAGAUCUUCUUCUCCACGCUGCGCUACUUCUGCCUCCCCUGCCGUCAUACGCCCCGGAGGCACCCACACCCUCUGACCCGCCACUCCAUCAGCAUCUCCAGCAACCACACCCUCCACACCAACAUCAUCAAAGAGACGGCGUACUGAUGGAGAUGCAACAGAACGCACUGUGUUUCCUCACACCAAAAGCCGACCCGCUGCUGCUUUGUGAUUACUGGUCCGAGGCAGUUCUGCUAUUGGGUUGAAGACUGUUGGCGUAGGCUUAUCUAGCAUUGUGGUGACCAUCAUUGUCAUGUGAGGUCAAGUGGCCACUCAGACACCAAUGUGAUUCAUUUCAGACGCAUAUUUUUGUACGUGUUAUUAUAACUUCAUCCAGCAUAACAUGAGUUUGUGAAAUAAAACAAAAAGCAAAAGAAUAUAUGAUAAUGUAAGAAUGAAAAAAGAUGAACAUAAUCAGAGUAAAUCCUUAAAAUCGAUAGAUAUUGAUGUAAAUAUGUUAUACGAUAUGUUUCUAUGUAUGUUUUAUUGGACCAAUCAUUCACAUUCAUUUAUUGUUGUACAGUGUAUAUGACUACUUUUUCGGUGUUCUUCAACAUCAACUUAUAAAACUCUCAAAAGUUCUUUAUCUAAAAAAAUGGCCUCUGCCAAAAAACUUUCAACACAAAAACAGUUAUGAUGUAACCCUCCUUUGUGUUAUUCUGGGUCAAUAUCUGUGGCUAUACCUGACUUUCAUGUUUGAAAAAAAAAAAAAACAGCAAAAAGAGCAGGUUUUUCUCUUCAAUCGAAGCUGCACUGACAGCUGUAUAGGAAAAAUCACUUGCAGCAUAACCUCUUACUUCUCUUGCGUGUUUUGGAUUAGACGCAGGCAGCUUCUCAGAAAGACUUUUGUUGAACAGGAGGUGAGUUCAGAUAAUAGAGCGUCCUUGUCGCAUUGCGUAGGCUGUGAUGUCCAUCGGAUUUUUGUAAAUACUGCAAACAGAAAAUAUGCUUAUCUUUGGUAAUACUUUUCAGCCUUCAUGACAGCCUUGAGAAAAAGUGCGCCCCCAGAACAGAAGUGGGUGUAAUUGAUUAUUUAAAGUGCUUGUGCAUAACAAGAGGCAUUAGAAGUGAUGCAUUGACUCGAACAUGCUCACCUGGAGAAAGGAACACCUCAACGGAUUGAAGACUCCUGCUGUAAUGCUUUCUCAGCAGCAGACAAAGAUCUGGGGUGUCUAAGUUUUUCCUUAGGAGAAAAAUAAAGACGUAGAAACAAUCUGGACUGUUCUUCAGCUAAAGCACACGAGAGCUGCUACAGAGGAUAAGAGAAAAGCAAUUAACAUCAUUUUUCAUGAGUGAGUCAGCAACAGCUUUUCGAAAGGCCGAGAGAAUGAAGCUCGUGCUGUGGGUAUGUUGGGUCGCACAAGAUGCUUUGCUUUUAAUAUAAAGUAUUGACUCAAAGUUCAUUUCCUUACAUCCUUCUACAAAUCCUUAUCGGCCCAUUGCAGCCGUCAGGUAUCUCUGGGAAAUACAUCCAUGCUGAACAGUUCUGCACCUUUGAAUUUACAGUGCCUCUAAAUGGUAUUCAACCCCUUGGAAGUUUUAUCCUUUCAUUGCUUUCCAACACUUAAUCAUGAAUGAGCAGAAAUCUCUGAAAUGGAUAUUUGUUGGGGGCUGCACAGUGGAGUAGUGGUUAGCACUUUCGCCUUGCAGCAAGACGAUCCCUGGUUCAGAUCCCGGCCUGUACCUGGGAUCUUUCUGCAUGGAGUUUGCAAGUUCUCCCUGUGCAUGCGUGGGUUUUCUCCGGGCACUCCGGCUUCCUCCCACAGUCCAAAAAUUGGUUACUCUAAAUUGCCCGUAGGUGUGAAUGCAAGUGUGAUUGUUUGUCUGUAUGUGUAGCCCUGUAACAGACUGGCGACCUGUCCAGGGUGUCCCCUGCCUUCACCCGAGUCAGCUGGGAUAGGCUCCAGCACCCCCCGCGACCCUAGUGAGGAUAAAGCGGUGUAUAGAGAAUGCAUGGAUGGAUGGAUGGAUGGAUGGAUGGAUGGAUAUUUGUGGGUGGAAAAGGUGGAGUUUGGUUGUCCAGCUGGCUGCUAUCCAGGAGAGCGUCCUCAUCAUCUCCACAUAUCCUGCCCAUAACAUCUCUGAUGCUUUUGAGCAUACGUUCUGAAUGAAAACCAUAGCAAGUGCAAGCAGUUAAAAACAAAGCAUACAGUACAUGCAUUUUUCAGCAACCAGUGUUUAUGAGGAUUAAAAGAAGCUGACGGUUAAGGGCUGUGACAGCCUCUUUGCAAUGGAGAUUGACCCAAGUCUUGGCAUGGCAGAAUUGCCUGACGAGUUCUUCGAGCAGGACAGCAUGCUCAGUAUUAGCAAGAAGAUGAUGCAGGUGGCCAUUAGUGCUUUCCCUGGUAUUGAUGAAGCCAUGAGGUAUGCAGAAAUCAUGAGGUUCGUGAGAGCAAUUAACUUCUCUGUGGUUGUUUUUUUGACUUUUUGGACAAUAGUUUACAAAUAAAGACUCUAUCAUGUCAAAAUGAAAACAGUAUUUUAGAAUGGUAAUUAAAAUUAUUAAAUGUAAAACAAGUGAUUGCAUCAGUGUUCAUGCUAUUUAAGUCAGCAUUUGGGAGAUGAACCCACAAUCACAGCGCUGAGCCUGUGUCUCUCUCAGGUGACACAGGGAUCAUGAGUGAAAAUCCCUUUUCAAAUCCCGCCUUAUGUUGUCAACUGGAUUGAGUACAGGGCUCUGACUCUGCCACUCCAGAACAUUUACCUUAUGACAGUAAGUCCACUAACUGUGUGACUUCUAGCACAAAUUGGCUGUAUGUGGUUUGAAUUAGAUGAGUCACUUUAAAUAGGGGUGAACAUUUAUGGAAUUACUUGUUUUAUAUUUUAUAUUUUUAUUUAGUUGAUAUAAGUUUGUUAAAAUCAGUUUUGACUUUGACAUGAAACAAUUCUGUAAAUUCUUGUCAGAAAAGGUAAAUUAAAUUGAUUCAAUGUUGAAGAGCAAUCAAAAGGGAAAAUUUCCAAACGGGUGAAUUAUUUUUAUGGGCACUGUAUCCCUAACACAGUGAGAAGAAAUAGUGUUCAAUCUGUGUAGUAAGGCAGACAGAGAGGGUGUAGCGUUUGAGGUCAUCACAGAUGUGCCGGUAUCCAAAACCCUAAGGCAGGGUUCAGACUACACAAUAUAAAGAAUGGCUUAUAUAAAUAUGGGCAUCAGCAUCAACAACUAAGUAUCUCAUACUGUGCCAAGUAUUGAUGUUAGAUCUGGGACUCGUCUUCAUAUCCAGACAAAAACACUAGCAUGUGACAUUUUUUUGUUUACUUAUAACUUCCACAGCCUGUCCAAGAUGUUGAAAUGUUGGAGCACCAAGUUCUCUUCCUACACAACAUGGCAAAAGACUGGCUUAUGGACAGACUCAUUUGGUUUUCUUGUUGCAACCCACAGACAGGUCCUCAGUCAUUUGCUUCUUUUUUAGGCAUUUCCAGAGCACAAGACAACCUGUAUCAUACAUGUGUGCUGUCAUUUAUUCACACUGUUCCUUCUGGAAGUUGAUCACUACCAACGCACAGGCUGUGAAAGAUAGAAACUAUCAUCGGUCUUGUCAACAACUGUCAGAGUUUCAUGUAUUCCAAACCAGACUUAACCCUGACCGAAACAUAAGAAGAGUUUUUGUCGCCAUAAUCAUAAUCUUUCCCCAAUCUUAACCACUGCUUAGUGUGUUUUAAUACCCAGUGGUCUGUAUGUGUUGUCAUCCAAACACAUCUAGAGGCAAAAUUGUUCAUAGCUGUUUCAAACAGUGAAAGUGGAUGGGAAAGUCUUGUUUUGAUAAUCAUAACUGACUGUAAUUGUUAUGUGCAGAUACUGCAGAAAGAAAAGUUUCUCAAAGCAUUAUUAAUGGACCUGAAAAAGACAGACUGCACUCAGGAGUUUUGCAGAAACCUUCGAUGUCUCCACUCAUUUUGGAGAUAGGUUUGACAUCCCACAUGCACCACUGUUCAAAAGUUUGGGGUCACCAAACAUAAUUGCACAAGGGUUUUCUAAUCAUUACUUAUCCUUUCGACAUGACUGAAUAACACAAUGUAGCAUUAGAACACAGGAGUGAUGGUUGCUGGAAAUGUUCCUCUGUACCUCUAUGCGGAUAUUCCAUUACAAAUCAGCUGUUUCCAGCUAAAAUAGUCAUUUACCAUAUUAGCAAUGUCUAGACUGUAUUUCCGAAUUAUUUAAUGUUACCUUCAUUGAAAAAAAAGAUGUACUUUGAAGAAUAAGGACUUUUUUACCUUCACUUUUCAUUGUCUUACUUAGUGUUGUGAUGUCAAGAACAAGUCCAUCCUAUCGACUGCAUCCAUUAUAGACGAGUGCUACCAAGUAAGCAAACAGCAGAGAGGACCUAAUUAUUCACAAACACUAAACGCCACUGGGAACACUGAGUAGUACCAGUAUCUGUUAUUCUGGCAAGCUAAAUUGGUUCUUGUCAAGUACUUGUUACCAUGCAUGAGAGCCUGUUUUUUCAUUUAACGGCUCAUGAGAUUUUUAUUUGUCGAAAUUGGCCCAGUUUUCCUCCACAAAACAAAUGGCCUCCAGGUGACCUAAUGCUUGUUUUGUCAGAACUCCGAAGCAGUUGUGCACAUUUUGCAGAGUGUGAGGGAAACACUUUCUCCACUGUGUGUGCUUGUGUAUUCCCCACACAGCGCAUGGAACUCACAUUUUAUGCUACUGGUUGUUUUUCUGCACAGACCACUGAUUCUUGUUUUUUCACUUCAUCAUAAGCAAAUGUACCAGUGAAUCAGCAGCACCUAAGCAUGUUAAUCAUAAGUAGUUGUUUACAACUAAUUACAUGGUGUUCUUUACAAGAGAAGCCUUGAUACACUGAUUUCAGUCUGCUGCCAGUGGAAAUCAAUGAAUGUCAUAAUAGAAAACUGCAGUCAUGGUACAGCAUCAGGGCCACUGUACUCAGUACUUGCACUACUUAUACCUACUUUUUCAUUUUACCUUGCAGCUCUUUUUUUUUGUUUACAAAGUUACACCAAAGGUUGAAAUGGCAUGCUAACAUAUGCGAAAAGAAAUCACUAAACAAAAAAGUGCAGAAAGGAAUAGCAUUGGAUUAGCAAAAUGUUUGUCAUAAACCAAAGCACUGGACUAAAUGAAGGCCUCAGAACAAAUAGUGAUCUCUGAAGUAUGUGCAUUUUAUCCUGAGGAGAACAUUUGAUUUAAAAACCCCAAGUCAUUAGAUACAUCUUCUGGAAACCAUGAAUGUCUGCGUAAGUCUUACACUAUAUGAGUGCCAUGGUAAUUUAUAGCUCAAGUCAAAGUCAUGGGAUCAUCAAAAUCAUUAGGAUUAAACCUCUGGGAACGAUGUAGUAAAUGUUAUAUAAAUCUUCUGAAAAGUUUUUGAAACUUUUCCCAAAACAAUGACAAUUGGAUUGUCAUUGUGGUUCUGCACCAAUAGGAUUCACCCGUUGGGGACAAAUUACCAAAUGCAAUGCAAAUCUGUAAUUGCAGCAUUUCACAAAACAUAGAAAUGUGAACCUCGUGAUGCAAAAUUGAAGAAAAAAAAAAUAAAAUUGUUUUUAUUCAUUGUCUGGGGACUGUGUGCCAAAUGGAACAGAAAUAGAACAGAUUAGAUACAGGAGUCACUGUGUGGGGACCAUGAAUGUGUCUGUUGAAUUUCAGAGGACCGUACUUGUUUUAGUGUAAAAAGAUAGCAGCCAUGUUGCUAGCAUGGUUAACAAUUAAAAAAGAAAGAAAAAAGAUUAAUUGUUUAUUUAUUCAGUGUAACUUAAUUUGGUAUAUGCACACACCUAGUUUAGCCACUACAUUACAUUGCACCAGCUCUGCUGCUACAUUUUAAAACAAGCUCAACAUCUGCGUCUUUUUUUGAUUAUACCACACAAUGUAAUGUACUUAGUUACCAGUGGUGAAAGUUACUUGCUGUGCUUUGUAUUGGUUGAUAUGUCGCUGUGUUCCUGUGCAGUAUCUGUGUUUAUAUAUGACGGUAUUUGUGCUUCAUCUGAACUUCAAUGCCAAACAUUGGACUUCAUAACCCACAGGUUUACCAGACAGCAGCGCCGAAUGAAACACAUGAAAGAAGUACUGCACAUCCCUUUAAUUUUACAACCCAUUCAAACUGCACGUGCAAAUGGGCGGCAUAUGAAUGUUUUGUAACACAGUAUUUGGAUCAGUGGAAUGUUUUGCUUAUUUACUUGAACAUUUAGAUCUGCCAUCGUAUGUCACAUUUCUCUAACAGAAUGUUUCUUUUCAUUACGAAAAAGAAAUAAAGAUUAAAAUAAAGAAUGA